UCUCUAUAAUUGCAAGUAUAAGCGCCUCACAUGCACGAGUACAGCGCGAGUGGAGAAGCGCACUGUCAGUCAAGCGCGCGGCGCGCACGGGGCGGUCUUUGCUUAGAAAUGUCUGAAUAUGUCAAGAAUCACUUCAGCUCUCUCACGCUUUCAAACAGCGCUCCAUCACUACGAGGGAAGACUAUCGUAUGCGUUUCUUUAGCUUCGUAAGAUUAUGAGGGAUUUCUCCGCGACUGGCGUGCGCAGCGAGCCUACAGUGCACAGGAGUGAAGCGCUGUCCGGGGUCCUGAAGUCAAGAAGCCGGAGGUGCUGAAGAGCGCGGGCGAUCACGGAGGACUGCAUGUCUGUGCCAAUCCAGUCUUGAGAUGACUCGGAAAAGACUGCGCUCUGUGGCUGCUUGGGGAUUCAUUGCGUGGGAAAUAGGGAUUCUGUUGAGUUUGGUUGCAUCAAAAGAACCAGAAAGCCCUCGAAGGAGAGCAGCACCCAUGUCACCCUCUGACUUUCUUGAUAAGCUCAUGGGAAGAACCUCAGGUUAUGAUGCCAGAAUUAGGCCAAAUUUUAAAGGUCCGCCUGUGAAUGUAACAUGCAACAUAUUUAUUAACAGUUUUGGCUCCAUCGCAGAGACAACUAUGGAUUACAGAGUGAACAUAUUCCUCCGGCAGAAGUGGAACGACCCCCGGUUAGCUUACAGCGAAUACCCGGAUGACUCUCUGGACCUGGAUCCCUCUAUGUUGGACUCCAUUUGGAAGCCUGAUCUGUUCUUUGCCAAUGAGAAGGGAGCACAUUUCCACGAGGUCACCACUGACAACAAGCUCUUGAGAAUAUUCAAAAAUGGAAACGUCCUCUAUUCAAUUAGAUUGACUCUGACGCUCUCGUGUCCGAUGGAUCUAAAGAAUUUCCCCAUGGAUGUGCAGACGUGCAUAAUGCAGCUGGAGAGUUUUGGUUACACAAUGAAUGACCUGAUCUUUGAGUGGCAAGAAAAGGGACCCGUGCAGGUGGCUGAUGGACUGACCCUUCCACAGUUCAUCCUCAAAGACGAGUCUGAUUUGAGAUACUGCACCAAGCACUACAACACAGGCAAGUUCACAUGCAUUGAGGUACGGUUUCACCUGGAAAGACAGAUGGGCUACUACCUGAUCCAGAUGUACAUUCCCAGCCUGCUCAUCGUCAUCCUCUCCUGGGUCUCCUUCUGGAUCAACAUGGAUGCGGCUCCUGCUCGUGUGGCGUUGGGAAUCACUACAGUGCUCACAAUGACAACGCAGAGCUCUGGUUCCAGAACAUCCUUACCUAAGGUGUCCUAUGUGAAGGCUAUCGACAUCUGGAUGGCUGUGUGUUUGCUGUUUGUGUUUUCGGCACUGUUGGAGUAUGCUGCAGUCAACUUUGUUUCAAGGCAACAUAAGGAACUGUUGCGAUUCCGGCGGAGAAGGAAGAAGUCUGGCAAGACAUUCGAUCAAACAUUUGAUGAGGAGCUUGCCGAGUCAUUGCGUCGUAUCAAUGGCUCACGCAGUGCCGAGCCGGUUUACGGAUCAAUGGGCCAGCUUGACCAAACUAAUGACAUGGAGGAGGAGGUGCGGGAGAGCCGGCUGAGCUUUACGCCAAACGCAGGGAAAGACGGUGCUGUGCCCAAAACUGCUAACAAUGCAGCCACAACACCAUCUGAACCCGCUGUUGCUCCCGGAAAGAGUCACGAGGAAAUGAGAAAACUCUUCAUCGAUCGAGCCAAAAAGAUCGACACUGUGUCUCGUGCCGGAUUCCCACUGGCCUUCCUGUUUUUCAAUAUUUUCUAUUGGGUUCUAUACAAAAUCCUUCGCCACGAGGAUGUGCACAAGCCAUAGAAGGACCAUGGUUUGUGGACGAACUGCAUAUCGCUGAACUCUGGUGAACAUUUCCUGCCAAGAUCUAUGCUGGAGUCUGAAAACGACUGAGAAAAACUGUGAUGUCAAGGACCAAAUGGCUACAUUCAAUGGUUUGUUUGUGUUGUACACCCAUAUAGACACUGCGCUCACUAUGCAAAGGAUAGACAUUUGUAGGGACACUUACACACCUGUCCUGCAACUGAACCAACAGUGGACAGCACUUCUACACAUUUUUAAUACAGAAGCACAGUCCGACACUGACUACUACUGCCCCCUGUUGAGACAAUGUGUGCGUGUGUUUGUCUUACACUGGUUUUUGUUGACUUUGUCGUCUUACAGCUUUACUGCCAAUGUUCUGUGUUGUAUUUUUCAUAUACAGCUAUUGAAUAUAGCAGAGUGCAAGAGCAGAGAUCAGUAUUAUAAAACUUUCCACACAAUGUGUAAUGUUGAUUAUUUUAUAACAAAGUAUUUAAUAGUUUUUUUUUUUAAACAUUACCCUUAAUCAUUUUCAUCACAACAUGAUCGUCGACCAGCUCUAAAAACCAGCAUCCAGGCCAAAAACAUUCUGAGCUAAAUCUCAAGAAUGCCCUUGAACCAGCAAAGAUUGUUUUGUUUGUUUACAGCUACCUUAAUGGCUUCAAGAAAGCACAAUUUGAAAACUUUAAUUGCUAGCGUACUGUCAGCAACCACAGAGAAAUUGAAACCAUCUUUCAAGUCCAGCGCAAGUUUCUCUUAAACAAAAGCAUUACUGUUCAAAAACCAUUGUUAGUUACGUCAAACAAAUGAUGCCACUGCAGAAUAAUUCAGCUGGGAGUGAAUUCUGUGUUACAAGUUCAUAAAUGGAGAAAAGAAUUAAAGGAAGGCUGCAGUCUCGGCCAAUAUGUUAUACAAGUCCUCCGACAACGAAAAAAAUAUAUAAUUAAGUGUCUCAAAAUGAUCAUUUGAAUGGUUUUUAACCUAAUCUAAUUGCAUGUAUGGCGAUUAUUUAACUAUAAAAUUUAAGUGGACUAUAAAAGACUAUUUAAAUACUGCCUCUAAAGUUCAUUUGAGUGCUAUUAUAAACAUACAGAUGUGAAGGGAACACAUUUUCAGUUUAUCCAGAUUGACCAGGUAUGUUUUAAUAUUUAAAAAUAAAUGCAAAAAGCAUGACAUUUAGAUGUUAUGCAGUUAUCCACCAAAUAUUGCUUUCUUAAUCCAUUUAAAGUUAAAACACUGGCAAAUACAAACAUUUCUGAAAAUAUGACACCCUUUUGUUAUUUUGACUAGAUGUAAAUGUGAUUUUAAAUUUAAAUUGAGGAUAUGUGAUCAAUAAUUUGUAAAACAAAAAUAAAUAUUAUAUUAUAUUUGAAUGCAUAACUAUAAAUUAUAAAUUCAGAAAGACUGAGAAUUUCAAAGUCUCUUAUUUUCUCCCAUAUCUCUGUAUAAAUCUAAAAUUGUGAAAUGUUUAUUUAUUUUGUUGUAUUCAGUUUUGUUUUUUUGUUUUUUUUUCAAUGAUGUGUUAGAUAACACUGUUUAAAAACACUGGGACCAGGCUUUUUUUUUUAUUUUGGUCAUGAUGACGUUGAUGACCUUUUGUCUGGAAUAAUUGUCUUUUCUUUUGAAACUAAAUGAGUCUGCUGAAAAACUGUGCCAUAGAAAUUUUCGAAGCAUAUCUGUUCUCACACAUUCCUACGAGUAAAUAGAGCAGCGAUGUUGUGUUUGAAACAUCAUCUGACAUCAGCAUUUGGCGCACAUAUUAUAGAAUGGAUUCAAGAAUCCCCCAGACAUUUACAAUACAAUGCAAGAGCAUUUGUAAUUUAUUUUGUACAAACAUAAUUAAAUGUUAUGCAUGACC